UCACAAGUUCCAACUAAUUCUUUUAAUUUCAUGGAACUAAUGAGAAAUUUGACUCCUAUCUCAACCAAAAAAAGAAAAGGAAAUUGAAAUGUUUGACCCACGGCCCAUGGAUCACGGGCCACCUGACCAACCCGACCCAUUUCUCCACCCCCAACCCAAUUUUCAUUUCACCAUUUUCAGUCUGGAAAAACCCAGCUAAACCCUAACAGACGCCAUGACCCUCCACUCCAUAGUGAUACAGAAGCUACUGAGCACCAACGCCCAUUUGGGUCGUCGAGUAGCAGCCCACCACUUCAAGCAGUUCACCUAUGGAACCCGCAAUGGCAUGGCCAUCAUCGACUCUGAUAGAACACUCAUCUGCCUCCGCACCGCCGCCGAGUUCAUCGCCGCCCUCGCCCAGCAGAAGGCCCGCUUCAUGUUCGUCAACACCAACUCCCUCUGGGAUGAGAUCAUCGAGCAGAUGACGAAGAAGAUCGGCUGCUACAGCCCCUCCAUGAACUUGCUGUGGCGCACUGGUGGGUUCCUCACCAACAGCCACAGCCCCAAGAAGUUCAGGUCCCGCCGUAAGAAGAUUUGCUUCGGGCCCACCCAACCUCCUGAUUGCCUGGUUGUUUUCGAUACUGAUCGGAAAUCUUCGGUGAUUCUCGAGGCGGAUCGGUUGCAGAUUCCCAUUGUUUCGCUUGUUGAUUCGGCCAUGCCGUUGGAAUACUAUAAGAAGAUUACGUAUCCGAUUCCGGCCAACGACUCGGUUCAGUUCGUGUACUUGGUCUGCAAUUUGAUCACCAAGACUUUCCUUCUUCACCAGAAGAGCAGUGCUUCUUCUGUUGCACAACUGGAGGAUACGAGGGAGCAAGUGGAGCGUAUAGAGGAGGGUAAGAGCGUCAACAAGGAUGAGUUGCUUGUGCUUCCUUACAGCUUGUUACCCAUUUCUCCUGGUGUAGAUAGAACUGAGGAGCUCCUGGACAAGCUUGUUGUGCUCAAGUUCAAUGGAGCUUUGGGUACAAACAUGGGAUUCCAUGGCCCCAAGUCCACUAUUCAAAUCUGUGAUGGGUUGACAUCUCUAGACUUAAUUGUUAAUCAAAUUGAGGCUCUCCAUUCUAAGUACAGAUGCAGUGUUCCUUUGCUCCUUAUGAACACAACAACGACACACGAAGAUACAGUCAAGGUCUUGGAGAAAUACACCAAGUCAAAUGUUGAUAUUCAUUCUCUUAAACAGCCACAGCACAAGUCAUCUGGAGGACAGAGCGGUGAGGACGAACUGUAUCCUGGCCACGGUGCAGUGUUCCUUUCCAUUAUGAAAAGUGGAACUCUUGAUGUCCUAUUAUCACAGGGUAAGGAGUAUAUCCUUGUGGUUGACUCAGAUAACGUGGCUGCUACAAUUGACCCAAAAAUUUUGGAUCAUUUGAUUGAAAACAAGAUUGAAUACUGUAUAGAGGUUGUGCCUACCGCAUAUGAUGCAGAUUUUAGUAACAUUGGUUCACGCCUACAGAAGUUUGAGCUUGCGGAAAUAGCCCAGAGUUCUGUCAAACAUUCAAUGGAAAAUUUCAAACUUGUUGAUACUGGCAGCUUGUGGGUGAAUUUGAGAGCCAUUAAAAGGCUUUUGGAUACAGAUACACUAAAGAUUGAAGAUAUCUCAGUUUCUAAGGAAACGGCGGCUGGUUCAGCAAUACGGUUCUUUGAUCGUGCCAUUGGUGUCAAUGUUCCCCAUUCUCGAUCUCUUUCACUGAAUAAAACAUCAGACAUACUUCUUCUAAAGUCAGAUCUCUAUACCUGUGAUGAAGGGGUUCUAGUUCGGAAUAUUGCUAGAACUAAUCCCGAAAAUCCUGUAAUUGAAUUAGGACCUGAAUUUGAAAAGGUUAGUGACCUCCUAAGCCGCUUUAAGUCCAUGCCUGACAUUAUUGGCCUCGAUAGCUUGAAGGUCACAGGUGAUGUGUGGUUUGGAGCUGGUAUAACUCUCAAGGGGAGAGUAACUAUCGCUGCAAAACCCGGGAUGAAAUUGGAAAUUCCUGAUGGAGUGGUAAUGGAGAAUAAGGACAUCAAUGGCCCUUCUGACAUUUGAUAAUGAGAUGAGUUGCUUGGAGAAUGUUGACGAAAAUGAGAGUUAACCUGCCUAACAACUUCCUCAGGAGUUGUCGUUGUAAUUGUACCUAGGUGGCCUUGAUAAUGAUAUCUUUCCAUACUUUCUAUCAUUUUUUCCUGAUCCUCCUCCAUUGGAAUAAAGGUUCCUAUACAUUUAUUGCAGGCUAGGCUAGAGAAAGAGAGAUAUUCAGCUUCCAUUAAUAUUUGCUGAGAGAGAGAGAGAGAGAGAGAGAGAGAGAGGAGCUGUUCGCAGGCGCAGUAUUUUUUUAUUUUGGCAGAGGAUUAGAGGUCUGCAUGACCAAAUAAGUUUCUUGUUAAAUUGUUUAUUAGAAGAGCAUCACAGUAAAUGUUAUAGAAUAGUUCCUUUGGGUUUACCAUUUGA